GAAUAAGCAGAAACAUGUUCCACUUCCUACUUUAUUCUAAAUGUUGUCGCUGUCAUCGUCAUGUGAUAGCGAAUUCUGUCUGGUGAUAAGAUGCAAUAUAAAUAAAUACACGUGACGUUAUAAAAACUUUAAUUAUAAAUGUUAAAAAGAGAACAGUGGCAGACUUCUGCGCAGAAUUACGCAGAACUGAGUCACUCUAACACUUUUGGCCAUGACAUUGAUGGUGUUAUUGAGCAGUCAAAAAAGGUUGGAGUUCUGGCACUUGUUGCAGUAGCAGAGCAUGCUGGGGAGUUUGAGAAAAUUAUAAAGCUGUCACAGAGGUUUCCUGGAUUUAUCAUGCCUUGCCUUGGAGUUCACCCUGUUCAAGAAGAUCCAGCACAACCCAGGGGGGCAUUACCAGAGGAUUUAGAUUCUGCAUUGCCUUUAAUUGAAAAAUAUAAAGAGCACAUUGUGGCCAUUGGAGAGGUUGGUCUUGAUUUCACACCCCGGAUAGUCAAUACUGAGGCAGGGAAAGAACUACAGAGACAAGUACUCAUUCGCCAAGUAGAGCUUGCAAAACAACUAAAUCUGCCUCUAAAUGUCCACUCAAGGUCUGCUGGAAGACCCACCAUCCACCUCUUAAAGGAGUUAGGUGUAGAGAAUGCUCUUCUUCAUGCAUUUGAUGGAAAGCCCUCAGUUGCAAUGGAAGGUGUACGUGCAGGCUACUUCUUUUCUAUACCACCAUCAAUUGUAAGAAGUGAACAGAAGCAGAAACUUGUGAAACAGUUGCCACUAGAAAAUAUGUGUCUGGAGACUGAUUCACCAGCCCUUGGACCUGAAAAGCAGGUGAGGAAUGAACCAAAGAAUAUCUCCAUUAGUGCAGACUAUGUUGCCAAAACCAAAGGCAUUCCUGUGGAAAAGGUUAUAGAAGUCACCACACUCAAUGCUCUUCGUCUUUUCCCCAAGUUGAAGACAUUUAUCAGUUAUAUGUGACUGUGAUGACAAGGACAAGGACAAAAAAAAUCAAGAUUAAUUCAGUACAGUGCAUGCUGUAUUGAAAUAAACAGUGACACAAUCUUUUGUUGUUUUGGUUUUUAACUUUCAUUGAAAUUUGAACUAAAACAUUAGAAUGGUAGAGUGCUGGAUUCAGUGUAAUGUUCCACAGCAUGUAAAGUUUAGUGAUUUUUUUUUUUCUGUUAAAUAAAAUAUCCUGUCAUACAGAAGCAAAACAAAAUGGCGCAUAAAGGCUGCAGUUGGGUUAUGUUAAAUAAAUAAUGAGUAAUUUGUGCACACUUUGUGGAUUAUGUAGUUAUGUUAAGUUAUGUAACAUCUCGUUUAAUAAAAAUAAAUACCUAGAGCUAUUGAAUAUGCUAUAUGUUACAGAUGCAUUAGGACAAUGCUUUUUUUGUGUGUAUUUUUUUGGUUGGGGAGACUGUAAAUCCCACAUGGUUCACCUGAUUUGAACACACAUCCUAGAGACAAGGAAUGUGUAUUUUAUGAUGUUAAUUAAAAACAAUGGUAUACUGUUAUUGUUCAUUGUUUACAGUUAUUUUGUCCUCACAAAAGACAAUAUAUAAUUGUCUUUGUAGACAUUUGUCUCUUAUCUGUUUAUAAAUAAUUGAUGCUGACAUGAAAGUUUAAAAGUAUUCUGUUCAUGGGGCUAAUUACAUCUAACUGAAAGUGUUUGAACUAAAUAUUUGUAUGUUUUUCGAUGCCACUCUUGUACUCUGUUUGUGGGGGCAGUAAUUGCUCAAGCACUUAAUGCUCUGGAUUGGAUUGUUGAUCGCAGCAUUAGGGUCCAAGCCAGUGCUGUUGGGCCCUUUAGCAAGGGCCCUGUAUCAUGGUUGACACUGUACUUUGAUCCCAACUUGGGAUAUGUGAAGAAAGAUUUUCACUGUGCUAUAAUGUAUAUGUGACAAAUAAAGCCUUCUAUCUAUCUAUAAUAAACAUGAACAUUCCUU